AUGGCUCGGCAAGCGACGCCCUCCAGCGCUGCAGCACCGCGAAAGGGCCCUUGCGCAAGCUUUUCGAUACGAAUUCCACCAGAGCUACUUCGCGUGAUUAUCGAAAAUCUCGCAGACGAUUAUCCAACCCUGGCUGCCGCUGCAGCAGCAAGCAGACUGUUCAACGAAGAGGGGAGACGCCUUCUAUACCAUGUCAUCGACCAAGGCCUUGGCAACAGAUAUCGUGGUCCACCAGUGAAAUGCAUUCUCGACAACCCAUUCCUGGCCCAAUACAUUCAAGUAUACUCGAUUAAAACGUACGUCUGGGAGAAGCAGCAAAUUGAUUUUUGGGCUCCUUUGGCUCCUGGCCCUUGUCUGCAAGCCAUGACCAGCUUAAAAGAACUUCGUCUCGAGGUGCAUCAUAGCAAUAUCCCAGACGACUUACUCUCCGGGGAGCUCCCCUUUCAGCUGGAGAUCCUGGAACUGCAAUCGAAAUACUGGCCCGGCAUAUCGGACCUCUUGUCGAGGCAGAUGCAUCUCCGUGAAUUGACAGUCCAGGUCGACGAGGAGACAAUAGACCCUAUACCGCUCCCAGCAUGUGCCAGACUUGAGUAUUUGAAUGCGAAUCGUGCAAUUAUCGACGCCCUUGUUCCCAACCGGAAGAUGCAAACACUUGUUUGGAUCGGGAAUAUCUAUGACCUGCCUUCUCCCAUAACUGCAUUCUGCACGAAGUUGCGGGGUAUAAAGGCAUUCUCAUUCUACGAAGAUGUGGAUCUUCCUCAGUACAGGAUUUGGAUAUUCUACCACAUCUCGGAGGCCUACAGUAUUUGGAGCUAUCCUACCUGA